UGUGUGCACCUGCUGAAGACUUAAUAAAACGCGAGAAUGUUGGAAUCGGCGACAAGUUUCCCUCCCGCUCUUGCAGGGGGACCUCGGGGGAACGAGCCACUUUGGGCGUGGAAAUUCAGGCUGCAGUCGAGGUUGGCCGACCAGAAACGCGCCGGGCAGGAACGCGCCGAGCAGAGUCGGGCCGAGGAACACGCGAUUGGAGCGGGGCGGAACCAAUGUCGCUCCCGAUGGACGCAGUUCCUCGUCGGGGAAGGGAGAUGCGGAGCACGUGUUUCGGGUGCAGACAAGCUGCGCGAGCUCGACCGGCUGGUAGUAAUGGCCAAGGCUCUUGACGAAGUGGCGAUCACCGACCUGGCAGCUGAUGUGGUUGAGUGUUGUUCGCUGGCGAGGAGAUUGGCCCUACCAAUGACGGACGGUCUUGCCGCCGGCACCACCUCCACGACCGAGAACUCGGUCGGAGGGCGCGGUUGGAAUCUGGGCAUCGGUACGAUGCCAGACGGUACGAGCGAGGAAGCCCUCAUGGAAUGGUUCACGGAAGAGGUCGCGAACCACGAGGCCAACACCACCGCAAGCAGAGGGACCCCCGCAGAACAGGUAGGGAGGAAGGAAAUUGGCGCUUCGGCAUUCCGUGGCACCCAAUCUUGCACAAGCUGGGAGGCCGCUCGGGAACAGCACCUCAAGAAGCUACUGAUGGCAGUGGGACAAGACCGCCUCCAAGGCACGAACACUACAGAAGAGGCUUUCUGGCCGCGCGACCCAGGUUCAGACUUUGAUCCAGGCCUGCAACGACUGUGUCUCUUACCCUCGGAGACUGCACCCUCCAGGCUUUCUGGCCGCGCGACCCAGGUUCAGACUUUGAUCCAGGCCUGCAACGACUGUGUCUCUUACCCUCGGAGACUGCACCCUCCAGACAAAUCGUUGGUGGAGUAUCCUGCGGUACCAGCUCCAUCCCACGACGGCGGCUUGGAUCGGGACGCGGAGUUUGCCACUCUCAAAGCAAAAUUGGAAGCACUAGAGCUCGCCGAUGAGAGGCGGCAAGCAAAAUUGGAAGCACUAGAGGUCGCUGAAGAGAGGCGGCAAGCAGCGUUUGAGGAAUUGCAGUCUGACAACAAGCAGCUUUUGGCCGAGGUUUUUGCUCAAGAGCAGGAGAUCAAGACCAAGGAGGACUUUUGGCAGGAGGCGCAGAAAACAGAUGUAUACAUACCAAUACGUCUUCGCUGCUUGCUCCAAUAAUCGUUUUUGUCCUAUAUUUUCGCUUUAGAAUGUGGCUCAGCCUACGAUGUUGAAGCACAAGCAGUACCAGCGACAAACUCGGCCGACGCACCGGUCAUGAAUGCGCGAAAAGUACACUCCAAUCGCAUUUAGGGCCAAGUGGUGAUAAUGAUCCAAGCCACGUGCCCACUUAAGCUCUGGCGUCCCCACUUAAGCUCUGGCGUCCCCACUUAAGCUCUGGCGGCAUCGCGGUCGUGCCAAUAAAAGUUUUACGGCAGCUCGAUGGCCGCGGUUUCUUUGCGCUGGCACUCACUGAAUUUCACAUGCCGUGCUUGAUUCCUCGGUGUUAUCUAAAGGCCAGGCCACAUCUCUCUAUUUAUGCCUCGGGUCUCGAUCGGAAAAGAGCACAGACCUUCUCGGCUGUUUGCCAUGUCUUCGUUCGGGUUCG